AUGGUGUCUCCAUCUUUUUCUCCUAUUUCAAUGAUACAAAGAAUUCCAACAAAAAUUAAUAUUAAUUCAUUGAUAAUUGAUUCACGUUUAAAAUUUCAACAAAAUGUUCAACUACCUAAAAAUUCCAAUAAUAAAUAUAAGCUGAUGAGAAACAAGGCGUCAGAUUUGGUUAAGAUUGAAUCAAUUAAACUUCGUUUAAAUUUUCUCAACAAUUUAAUAACCUUCAAUGAAGCUUCACUGAUAAAUUGUCUUUAUGUCUCCGAUAAUAGUAAGGGAAACAACAAUUAUGAAGAAUUGGGGUAUCGUUUAAUCAAUAUACAUUUAAAUAUAAUUAAAAAAGUAUCAUCAUUAGAUCAAAAAAAAAUGCUGUUAAAAUUCUUAGAUUCAAGAAAAUUAAAUAACAUAUCAAAUUUGCCAUUGCCUGAUAAUAGAAUACCAUUAAGAAUUAAAAGGAUCCACGAUUUAAAGACUUUGUAUAAAAUAAUCGGUUAUCUCUCAUUACAAAAUGACACAACUAUUAUGGCAAAAUUCGUGAGAACAGAAAUAUUAUCAAAGAUAUACAGACUUUAUUAG